ACUGGAUAUUAUUGGUAACCGAAAAUCUGCUCUGCACCAGAAAAAGGAAGAGGUGGCUGAGGCCCCCUCGAAAAUUCCUAAGAGAACUCGAGCCUGCCCUGCCCUGUCUGAGGUUCCCACCCCGCCACUUUACACAGUUUCUGGCUGCAGGACGCUGCGAAGCACAGAAAGCUGUGAACGAGAGGAAGUGUCUCGUUUGGAGUUGAAGUGUUUCUUGGAAGUGGUUCUGUAGCCACGACCUUGACAGGUUUGAAAGAAAUGGCUUCGCUCGAAGGCAGCCCGUUUGUCGGAAAAAUAGACUACAGAAAGCUAACAGACUGCGAAUUUUAUGUCAAAGGAUCUUGUACAAAAAACUUGGUAAGUGUUGAUUGACAAACAAUAACAAUUCAAGUUUUUUAAACUUUAAAUGGUAUUUUUACCAUUUUUCUGCAAAAAGUUAUUAAAGGAAAACUGGAGGGUACAACAAUUAUUGGUAACCGAAAAUCUGUUCUGCACCAGAAAAAGGAAGAGGUGGCUGAGGCCCCAGGGGCGAAACUACCGGGGGGUGUGGGGGGUGUGACACCCCCCCAAUCCAAAAAAUAGUCGAUUUCGCAGGGCAAUCGAAGAUUUCGCAGGGUGCCAAGAAGAGCUUUAUUGCCACGCAGAAAUGCCACCUCUGAAGUUCAUAAAGAGCUGUUAAGGAAUUUUGAAAUGGAAAUAUCAUAUUUGUUAUGAAUCUACCUUCCUGACAUUGCAUUUUAGAGAACGGAACAGGUAUGUAAGGAAAAGCUCCGUUAUUUGCAAAGCGAAAGCAUUUCUUACCGAAAGUCAUAGCCAAUGGAUGCAAUGAUUGAUGCAUAUGUUUAUGAGGGCAAGGUUGAGUCAUGCAAAUUAAUUUAAGUUGUAAAUUAUUUUCAUGACAAGCACGGCCUCAUUGGGCGUCACUGGAGGGAAUAAGAGGCUGAAGGCCCUCACUUUGGUCAAGAUAGGAUUUUUUUUAUCAUUUUUUCUAUUACUUUUGAACAGUGCAUGAACUAAAAAACAUAAUAAAUCUUUAAGAUGCCGAUUUUGUUUCAUCUAAUUGCUAACUUUUUUACGUAUAUUUUUAUCAUUUUCCUUUUACUUGCAUUAAUUCAGUAAAUUAUUUUCUGUAUCAUUGCAAUGUUUUAAUUUUGGAAGUGUAAACAUGGCCUUCUCGAUACAAGAAACUGCACAUUUCUGUUCAGGAAAAAAAAUUCUCCCAAUCAAAACAACAUCUUCCUCUGUCAUUCACAACUACGUGCAAUCUGAAACGAAAGGUUGCCGUUUCUUUCUUUCCCUAACGUCUAACACUAGAGUUUUAGCAUGACAUCCCCCUCCCUAUUUUUCCCAAUAAACAAUAAUAUUUUCAAUAAACAAUCAGUUUAUUGAACAAAACAAUCAGCACAAAAGCAUUUUGCUAAAUUUUUGUCUGAAGAUGCUUUUUAGCCCUUUUACAAGGUAUAAUUUCAAAAAUUUCUUCACGUCGGACCCAACCAUGGUGGGUCCUCCUACCUCACUAAACUUGUCUCUUAGCCCCACUGGGCUAAAUUUCGUUGCGCUGUUUACAUCAUGUACCCCUCACACCCCCAAUUAGCUCUUUAUCAGCUUAAUUUUGCAAACCAACAUUAAAUGAAGUGAAUAUAGAAAAAACAAUUUACGCUCACGUACAGAAAUAGAAAUUUCAUAGGCAAUGAAGUUUCAAGUUUGUUUUUACUGCUUAGAAGUUGGUCCUUGGUAAAGACCAGUGUACACUGGUAAAGCUUUCACUAGUAACCUAUUGACAAACCGUUGCUACGAGGUCUGCAGGGCACCACUCAGUUUUGCAGGGCAGAAACCCUUUUCACCCCCUCAAAACUAUUGGCCAAGUUACGCCCCUGUGAGGCCCCCUCGAAAAUUCCUAAGAGAACUCGAGCCUGCCCUGCCCUGUCUGAGGUUCCCACCCCGCCACUUUACACAGUUUCUGGCUGCAGGACGCUGCGAAGCACAGAAAGCUGUGAACGAGAGGAAGUGUCUCGUUUGGAGUUGAAGUGUUUCUUGGAAGUGGUUCUGUAGCCACGACCUUGACAGGUUUGAAAGAAAUGGCUUCGCUCGAAGGCAGCCCGUUUGUCGGAAAAAUAGACUACAGAAAGCUAACAGACUGCGAAUUUUAUGUCAAAGGAUCUUGUACAAAAAACUUGAAUUGUCCCUUCAGACAUUGGGGUGCAGCCAAAAAGUCAGAUUCUGUUUGUUCUGACUGGCAAAACAAACAGUGCACAAAUGAAUAUUGUAAUUCACGUCAUCCAACAUUUAAAUUCAAAGAGCCCAGACAGCAGCACCCUAGUUUUGGGCCUACAAACAUACAGCCAAACAGGGCUACUCCAUUUAGAAUGACAGGGUAUAGGAGCACAAGUGUGUCAACAAUGAACUUGGUAGAACAGGGAUUACAAAGGUAUAGGAGCACAAGUGUGUCAACAAUGAACUUGGUAGAACAGGGAUUACAAAGGUAUAGGAGCACAAGUGUGUCAACAAUGAACUUGGUAGAACAGGGAUUACAAAGGUAUAGGAGCACAAGUGUGUCAACAAUGAACUUGGUAGAACAGGGAUUACAAAGGUAUAGGGGCACAAGUGUGUCAACAAUGAACUUGGUAGAACAGGGAUUACAAAGCCCGAGGCAGGAUGGAAGAUCAGUUGGCAAAAAUAUUAACAAGAAACAAUUCCUUGUUAAGAAUUUCAGUCCUUCUAUGGAUGAAAACGCAAUGGAGCAAUGGAUGGGAUUUAUUUGUGACAUGGCUGUUUCAAAUGUUAAAUUUAGCUAUGACAAAAAGUCUGCAAUGGUAGGGUUCAAACGCCCAGUUGAAAUAAACUUAGAUGAUCUGAAGAAAAAAGCAAGGACAACAGCUUUGGGUUCUAACCUGGAAUUGCUUGUUGUUGAGUUCACUAAACAAGUAUUGAUCUUUGGCAUUCCGAAAGGUACAACAGAACGUGAACUGGAGCAAAAUGUUCGUGCAAUUACAGGCCUUUUGACAAUCAACAAAAUCGACUUGGUUGCUGACCGCAAUUAUGCAGUUGUUACAUUUUAUUCAUCAACACAUGCUGGAAAUCUUGUCAAAGGCAAAUUAAUUCUCGAAGGGUCAAAGCUUCGAUGUCUCUAUUACAACGAAGAUUUUGUGCCAGAAGAAAUCUAUGAAGCAAUGCAUGGUCUAUCAAAGACAAUCUACAUAAAGGAUUACGAUAAAGAUAUUAUCAGUUUCAUUUGGUCAAGGCAAGAACUGAAGAGCCGAUUGGAAGCGAGUCUUGAUGGUGCACAAAUCAACUUCAAUAAGAAAAAUGAUGAAAGAAAUGGUGACAACGGCUGUCUGUCCGUUGAGCUUGACGAAUAUGAUGCUUCGUUAGAAGAAAGGGUUCGUUUGUUUUUGAAAAAAUUCAUAUCACAGUUUAAGCAGGUAUCAAUCGCUCUCGAGACCUUGAAACUCUUAGAUGACGAGAUUAAUCAAGUAAUUCGCUCAUACGAAAAGGAGGAUAAACGAUGCUCUUUGAAAAUCAAUGGCAAGAAAAUGAGUAUCACAGGAAAAGACAGCGAUGUGGAAAGAGCUCGAUUCAGAAUUGACGAGCUGCUUCUUGGAAAGAUUGCUGAGAAGAAUCAGCAAGCUUUGGAAACCUUGGCUAGGUACUUGGGUAACGAAAAAAAUCCAAAGUUUGAUACCACAUCGAUUUUGGAGCUACUAAAUACAGAAAAAGGAACUUUUUUAUUGAAAAACUUUGAUCUCGUUUGUGAAAAGCUUGACAAUGUGGUAUCAAAGUUGCACAUUGAGAGGGCUUCCGUUGUGCUAGACAAGGUAGGAAUCAAUGAGUUGCUCAAAACGGAAAACUUUGAAAAUCUCCGCCAUCGUAUGCUCAAGAAGCACUCUGUCGCUUCGAAAUUUGUCUGUAAACAAAUACCAAUGCAGAAUGCAGCUUCACCAUUUCAUGAUUUCAUUUGGCAUAAUGUGUUAUUUUGGAUGCCCGACCAUGACGAACCAAUGGGCACUCUGUUAAAAUAUAACUAUGCUAUCCCAUCAGGCUGUUUUUUCGUCGAAUCAGUAGUUGCAGAUAUUGCGAAAGAGCGGGUUGAUGUCAUUGUGAACACAACAACAGGUAGUAUGUCUUCGACAUCAGGGUGCUCUAGAUCUUUGUACGCUGCAGCCGGCAAUCAUUAUGCAUUCGAUAUACGCACAAGUGUCAAUUCGUUUGGUGAAGUCGGCGUUUGGGACUUUCGUGCAACAAAAGCUGGGUAUCUUCAUUGUAAAGAAGUGUACCAUGUCGUCCUUGGCAGUUUCGACUCAAAGAAACUGCAAGACUUGAUCGUAAAAGUAUUGGAAAAAGCUUCUUUUUAUGGUUACCAUUCAGUGGCCUUUCCAUUGCUUGGAACCGGAGGCAAGGGUUACAAUGUCGAGACGGUUUUACAAGUAUUCAAAGACAGUUUCGAGUAUCAUUCUAAAUGCUCGUUGAUCAGUGCCAUCAAGCUCAUCAAAAUAGUUGCUUAUGAAAAAGACACAAAAUCUAUCCGCGCUAUGGAAAGAUUUUUUAAAGCAUGUCAAAGUGCAUAUAGACAAGACACAGUUUGGGGAGUUCAUUUUAUAGGGUUUGACUCGAAUGACGUUAAUCUUGCCAAGAAGAUGCUUCAGAAAUUUGUCCAGGAGAAUACUGUUAAAGUUAGCUUUAAGCUAGAUGCGCUCAAAGAUUGCCCUCAACUUCAAAAAGAGCAGCUGUUUCGCCACGCGAAAGCAAUUGGAGUCAAAAUGACGCUAUCUAGUGAUGGCGAUGUUCAGAUAGAGGGCACUCCAGCUGGAAACACAGCAGUUGUAAACUACAUCCAUAGCAAUAUAGAUACUUUUAAUGAAGUGCCACAUUGCUGGGAGCCGAUGCCCAAGGACAUUCAUGGCAAGGAGUGCCCGUAUCACAAGGUAGAGCUGCAGCAUGUAAGCAAAGAAUUUCAGGAGGUUGAGCAGGAAGUGAAGUUGAGGUCCAAAGGGAGAGUGGAAACAAUCAGAAAAUUGUGGCGAAUUCAAAACCCUACUCUUUAUAAGCACUAUCAAUUGAGAAAGAAGGCGAUGGACACGGCAAACGGGUCUAGGAAUAAUGAACGGAAUUUAUUCCAUGGGACCACUAAAGAAAAUUUAGAACAAAUCAACCAUCAUGGAUUUAAUCGGAGUUAUGCUGGAAAACACGCUGCAUAUGGAAAUGGAAACUAUUUCGCCGUUAAUGCUGAAUAUUCGGUAGGGUACGCCCAGCCCAGCCAAGAUGGAUACAGAUACAUGUAUAUUGUCAAGGUUCUUGUCGGUGAAUAUACGCAAGGAAAAAGCGGUUUAAAGGUAGCACCGUGUAAAGGACAGGGAACCGAGCUGUAUGACUCAGUCGUUAACGAUGUAGCCAAUCCGUCAAUUUUUGUGGUGUUUCCAGACAACCAGAUGUACCCAGAGUACCUAAUUCAAUUCAAGUAAAAUUUGACUGGGAUUCGUAUUAUGAAGGUAGUUAUUAAAAGGACACUUUUAUUAUAUCUUUAAUGUGAGACACAGUUCCAAGUUAGAGAUAGAUGAUUUUGAUGAUAAUAUUUUGCCUUUUUUGGAACUUACAUUUUCCCCCGUUGACUGUUUUUUUCACACAUAUUAUUAAAGUAGUAUCAAAGUAUUAGAGUUUUUUCAUACUUCUGCUAUCAUGCUUGCUGCCACCCAGUUUGAAUAGUAUGGCCGGUUUCGACAAGAUUUCGGGCGCACCAACAGCCCGCACCUCAGGUGCGGGUGCGGCGGCACUAUCAACUCCAUGCCAAGUGCCCUGGCACUAUCAACUUCUCAGAUUUAAUUAAAUGUUUCUAGUUUUCAGGUGUGCCCUGCCCUCGGCGUUUCCAUGACUGCAUCUUGGUUGCGCAUUUGCCUUGCUCUGCAUACGGGUUUGUCCCAGACGCGUUUGUCCCAGUGAGUUCAAAAGGAGAAACAUUUAGUUAUUAAUCACCCCGUUUUUCAAACCUAAGAAUCCCCCACCCAAAACGCCAUUUCUACAAAUGCAAAAAUAUCUACAAAGGCAAAUUGUAUUAAUUUCACUACUAGUAAGUGCCAGCAAAUUAGAACUUGUUAUUUGAGAACAAAGACACUUUUUUUAAUAAAGAUGCUCGCAUAAAUAAGAAUAAAAUUGAAAGUGCUUGAAAGUUAUUGGUUUUUCUAAUUAUUCAGUUUUUAGCACAAAAUUUAAUACCGAAAGGAAGAAAAUCUGAAGAAGCGCCCCCUAGCCAUCAUUUUACAAAAUGUGUGUCGUCUAAUUAACAGCCAUUUGUUAUUUUUGGUUUAUUUUUUAUUGUUAUUUUUGCCUCUUA